GGGAAUAGCAUAAUAGCUUUGACGCGUAAGAAGUUGUGGAUGUUGGUGAGCCAACCCUUUUGCUAGCUGGCUGUCGGGGAGAGGUCCCCAGAUCCCUCUCGCACUGCACGUGACUUACCCCCUCCCUCUCCCUUCCCUUCUCCUCUCUCUCUUUCCUGUCUCACUCUCUCCUUGGCAGCUCUGAAACAAAAAGCAAAUCAUCGCUUUCUUCUUCCAUCAAUCCAAAACUCAAAUCUCUCUCUCUGUCUCUCAUUUCUUAGUCUCUCUCACUUUCUUCUCUAUCUCUCUCUCGGCUUUGGUUUGUAUGCGUUAAGACGAUUCCGCGCUAUUAACGGCUGAAUCAGAUUCAAAUGCUAUUGGAUGCCAAUCCAGAUUCAGACUGAAUGCUUGGAUCUGCUGCCGGUUACAUGAUCUCCCGCGUGAAGCAAUUGGGUCACUAAAAUAUUUAUAUCAAUGAUUUUGUAUAAUCAGAACUACCUUUAGCCUAUCUCUCUUAUGGGUUAAUGAUUGUGGCGACAUGGUUUUUCAUUCUAAAUAUAUAAGAACAUGGAGGAGACACGAGAAGAUGCAGGGCCGACAGAGCAAGGGCCAUCUAAUGUGUCGUGGUGGCCUUCAGAUUUUGUUGAAAAUUUUGGAUCUGUUUCUUUGGAUUCUCAUGAUGAGGCACUGAGUAAUAAAGAAUCUCCUGGACAUGUUGUCAAAGAUGUUUUGUCUUCUCAGAAAGCAUCACAAACUCUCUGGCGCACUGGGAUGCUUUCAGAACCCAUACCAAAUGGUUUUUACUCUGUUGUUCCGGAAACAAGACUAAAGGAACUUUUUGAUAAUAUUCCUUCCUUGGACGAGCUUAAUGCUUUGAGUGGAGAGGGUUUUAAGACUGAUGUCAUUCUCGUGGAUUCAGAGAAAGAUAAAAAGUUAUCCAUGUUGAAGCAAUUGAUUGUGGCAUUAGUUAAAGGAUUAAACUCAAAUCCGGCUGCCAUAAUUAAGAAGAUAGCUGGAUUGGUUUCUGAUUUUUAUAAGCGUCCCAAUGUUGAAAGUCCAGCAAAAGCUGUGCUAGAUGAAACAUCUCACAUGUUAGAGAAUCGAGGAGUCCAGAUGCUGGGGCAAAUAAAGCAUGGUUCUUGCCGUCCUCGAGCUAUCUUAUUUAAAGUAUUAGCUGAUACUGUUGGUCUUGAAAGUAGGCUUGUGCUGGGUUUGCCAAAUGAUGGAGUUACUGAAUGUCAAGACUCGUACAAGCAUAUGUCUCUGAUAGUUGUAUUAAAUUCUGUGGAAAUGCUGGUUGAUCUUAUGCGUUUUCCAGGCCAAUUGUUACCACGAUCGACCAAGGCAGUUUUUAUGACUCACAUUUCUGGUGCAGGAGAGAGUGAUUCAGCAGAAAAUGAUUCUUGUGAUUCACCAUUAGAACCGAACAGCCCUUUAUUUGGGGUUUCAGAGAGGUUAGAUCCUAUCAAGCUUAAGAACUGUUAUUAUAGCUUGGGCUUGAUUGCACUUUUGUCCCUUUAAAUAUGAUUAUGUUCCCCC